AUGUCACAGGUUUAAUGUCCUGUAUCUCAGAGCCGAGGAGGGAUCAUGGACAGCAUACAGAGAUUUUCAAACCUACCAACGUAUCUCCCUGCGAGCUAUCACAUCUGCAAUGCUGAUGUUUUCUUCUUUCUCAAAGAAGCCAACCAGGAUAUCAUGAGGAACUCCAGUUUGCAGUCUAGGGUGGAUUCAUUCUUUAUAUACAAAGCCAAACUGCCACCUGUCCUAAAUGCCACAUAUGGACCCUUUUCUGUUGAACAGGCUGUUCCCUUGGACCUCAUGCUGACUUCUGCAUCUUUUGGUUUCACAAAUAAAUUCACUUUUAAUUGGAAAUUAAAAUCUCACAUAAUCAACAGCUCAAUCUAUUCCAACAAACCUAAAAUACAAACCUUGUUCUAUAUUGCGGGGAAGGACUGGGAUGACUAUAACUCUGCGGAGAGGUUGCCUUGCGUGAAGAUGUUUGCUUUCCUUGAGUCUAGAGAAGUUGUGGCCAGCUGUAGAUUGACAGGUCAUCUAGGAUUAUGUGUUGCAGAGCUGGAAUUAUCUCCUAGCUGGUUCAGCUCCCCUCCGCCCCUGGUUUCAGAGGAAACAGCCUCCCUUGAAGGGAUUACUGUGGAGCUCUUCUAUAAGAUUUAUACAGCAGAUGGGGAAUGUUCUCCAGAGGAUGCAAAGUGGGAAAACAAUAUCCAUGCAGGUCAAGAUAAUGAACACAAUGCGUUGUCAGCUAUGGAGAGGAUUGGUAGCAUCGUUAUUUACCCAAAUCAAGACAAAUUAAAACAAUCUUCACUGAGACUAGAUGAAAAUAUCGUUAUUCGCUUACCGCUCAACCCGGUCAGAGAAGGUGAUGUUGUGACCUUUCAUGUUUCCCUGGCUGAUGACUCUCUAGCAGACCAGUUUGUCUUAAGAAUUAGGACAGCCCCGGGUGUGAAGAUUUUGGACAUCAGAGUCAGUGAUGCAGACCAGUGGGGGGUUCAAGAAGAGACGGACAGCGCGAGGAGCACUGCCACCAUCACGUGUGUGCACAACGACCCCAACGCAGAGGACAGAGUAAACAUGACCUCCUACGAGAUCUUGCAGAUGGACUUUGAGAUUGACAACACUAGCAGCCUGGCAGGGGCCCAGCAAAUUACCUGGCAGGUGGAAUACCCUCGAGAUGACUCCGUGAGUGAGCUGGUGGUCUCUGAGAUCUUUGUCAGCCGAACAAUGUUUGUGGGAAUUGUUCCUCUUGCGAUG